AUGAGCAUCCGGACCCCACCCACACUGGAGGAGCUGGCAAGGAAUGUGCUGCUGAGAAAUGAGACCUUAGCCAUAUCUGCUUUGGAGGACCUGCCCAUGAUGCUCUUCCCAGCACUGUUCAAGGAGGCCUUCAGUGGCAGACACACUAAGAUUGUGAAGGCUAUGGUGGCAGCCUGGCCUUUCCCCUGCCUUCCUCUGGGGACCCUGAUGAACAACACCUUCAACCUGGAGGUCUUCCAGGCUGUGCUGGAUGGACUGGAUGUCCUGCUGAUACAGCAGGUUUGCUCCAAGAGGGGGAAACUUCAAGUACUCGAUUUUCGGCAGGUGCACCAUGAGUUCUGGUCCAUACAGGCUGGAACAAGAGAUGGGGACUGCUCAGCAGAGACUGUGAGUGAGAAACAAGUAGUGCAGGUCCUUCCCAGAGAUGAGCUGAGGGGGAAACUGAAGGUGGUUGCUGACCUCUACUUCAGGUUCCAACUGGAUGAAGAAGAAAUGUACUUGUUGCACUGGGCCCAGCAGAGAAAAGACUUCCUACAGCUCUGCUGUGUGAACAUGAAGAUUGUCUUAUUGUCCCUAGAUAAUGUCAGGAUGGUUCUGACAGUUUUCGAGCCAGAGCACAUGGAGGUUCUGGAACUCACUGUAGAUUGGAAUUGGUGCACUCUGGCACGAUUUUCUCCCUGCCUCACCCAGAUGAGAAAUCUUCACACACUUUCCCUAGUGUGGAUUCACAAGAAUGGAUUUGGGGUUGUGUAUAUACCAGGUUUAGAGAAGUUUAUCCAAAAGUUCAUUGCUCAGUUCUCCAGACUCGGUAGUCUCCAGCAUCUCUAUCUGAAUGGCUUCUGUUUUCUCAGUGACCACAUGAAACUCUUGCUUAGAAACCUGAAGACCACCUUGGAAACCUUCUCUGUCACUCACUCCCACUUUUUACAGUCACAUUUACAUCACUUCUCCCAGUGUCAGCAACUCCAUCAACUAAAACAUCUGGACAUGAGUGGUGUCCCAAUGUCCCAUUUAUUUAUGAUGCCACUCAGGGUUCUCCUAGAGAAUGUUUCAGACACUCUUGAGACCCUGGAAUUGCAGGGGUGUGAGAUAAAGGACUCUCAGCUCAAUGUCCUCCUACCUGCCCUCAGCCAAUGCUCCCAGCUCACCAAGGUUAAUUUCUACACCAAUGACUUCUCCAUGAAUGUCUUGAGUGACCUUCUCCUCCACACAGCCAACUUGAGCAAGAUGACCAUGGAGCAGUACCCUGCCCCGCUGGAGUGCUAUGAUGAUUUGGGUUAUGUCUCCAUAGAGAGAUUUGUACAACUUUGCCUUCUGCUCAUGGAUACACUCAGGGCCAUAAGGCAACCCAAGAUGAUCUCCUUUGCUACAGAUGUUUGCAGCAGAUGUUUUAAGCGCUGUGUGUAUGACCAGGAGAUCAGACUUUGUCCUUGCUUGCAGUAA